GAUGUCUCACUGUCAAGCUGAAAAUGUCAUCAAGAACAUCAUCCGUGAAAUAGGACAAGAAUGUGCAAUGAAAGGACAAAAUGUAACAGAAACUCUGGUAGCAUUCAUGCUUGAAAUAACUUAUUUCAACAGUGUCUCUUUUCAGCUUUGCGUUGAAAGACUUCUUGAUGUUAAAAAUCCAUCCUUGAACACAAUUAAGAUGCAAGUUUAUUUUGAUAUGAACUAUACAAAUCGAGUUGAGUUAAUUAGGGAACAGCAUCGUGUUCUAGACUCCAGGCUUGCUCCAGUAUCUAGAGAAAUUACCGAUAAUCGAGCUCGUACCCGAGAAGAAUUAGAAAGUGUUUAUCGAAAGAUUGUCAGCUAUGUGCUGCUACGGUCUGGCCUUGGAUCUCCUACAGACAUCAAAGUCAUUAGAGAGGCAACUGCUGCCCUGCAGAGUGUAUUUCCUCAAACAGAGCUUGCAGCUUUCCUCUCUCUAAGUAAAAAAGAGAAAGAACAGCAAUUGAAAGAACUCACCAUGAUUGUCACAGGAAUUCGAUUGUUCAACAAGGACAAUGGGAAAGGCGGCGAAGGCAUUGAUGACUUGCCAAUGAUUCUGAAUGAAGCUAUCCCAGCAGCCAGCCACCAUAUAGACGUUGAACUGCACGCUUCCCAACACCUGGCUUACCGAUACACAGCCUUGAUUGAAAUGAUGCACCAGAGUCGAAAUGGUGACGUGGAGCUUGGGCAGACAAUGUUGAAAGAAGCCCUCUACAAUGUCAGACAACAUGAAGCUUUCCUCUGCAUUAUUCUGUCCGAUGUGAUCACAUGUGCACAAGAAGUUGAACUGAUGCAAAAGGAAUUUGCAGCUGAGAUGGAACAGAUCAACAACAUUGUUAAGUCAAAAACAGCAGUGCCCACGUCUCUUGUUUACGAAUAUCUCUCCCAAAGAUCUAGCAGUAGUCAGCCAGCAUAUCAAGUCUCCGCUUGCCUUUGGGAUGCUUUGCCAUCUUUGAAAAGGCCUGAUAAAAUCAUUGACUGUGCUUGUGAGAGAAAUCCUUCCAUUGGAGUCUUGAAACAUAAGGAGAGAUAUUAUUCUUUUAAUUCUAAGGAAGCUGCAUAUAUGUUUGCCAAGAGACCAGAUAAAUAUAUUAAGAUGAUAGCAGAAAAAGCAAAGGAAUGUGCAGAGCUUAUUCAGCUGCUUGAGCUUCACCAUCAGUUUGAAUACCUGGCUCCUUAUUCUCAGUUUAGAAUGAAAGAGAAGCAUUUACUUCAGCCAAUCUCAAAAAGUGACUGCAGUACUCAGACUGAUACCCACAUUUUGCCACCAACAAUUGUGAAGAAUUAUGAGUGGAAUGAAUGGGAGUUGAGGAGAAAAGCCAUCAAACUGGCUAACUUGCGCCAAAAGCUAACUCACUCAAUGCAAACUAACCUCAGUCAUAUGAGACGGGACAACUGCAGCCAAGUAUACUUGUUGAAGGAUUCUGGCACACAAACUAAGCGAGAGAACAGUAGCAACGUACCAAAGCCCCAGAUUUUCCUAGCUGGUCUUCGUGGAGGAACACCUCCAAUUACUCGUAUGACCAAAGUGAAUUUAACUAGAGCAGUUGAUGAAACAUAAUUCUGUUGUUUAAGUAAAAAAACAUUUCAAUAAAUUAAAAUGUUUAAAAAUA